GAGCUCUUCAGGAAUGUCUUGGGCUGAGCGACUCGGGCCUUGUCCAGCUCUUUCCUCUCAGCAGGCUCCGGCUAUGGACGUGUGUCUGAGCUCCGCGCAGCAGCCUGGGCGCCGGGGGGAAGGACUCAGCUCCCCGGGUGGCUGGUUAGAGGCUGAGAAGAAGGGGGCUCCGCAGAAAGACAGCACCGGGGGAGUCCUAGAAGAAUCCAACAAGAUAGAACCAUCUCUUCAUAGCCUCCAGAAAUUUGUUCCUACAGAUUACGCCAGCUACACUCAGGAGCAUUAUCGGUUUGCAGGAAAGGAGAUUGUCAUCCAGGAAUCCAUAGAGAGUUACGGAGCGGUAGUGUGGCCAGGGGCUACGGCUUUGUGUCAAUACUUGGAGGAACAUGCCGAGGAACUGAAUUUCCAAGAUGCAAAAAUACUUGAAAUUGGUGCCGGACCAGGCCUUGUUUCCAUUGUGGCCAGUAUUUUAGGAGCUCAAGUCACAGCAACAGAUUUGCCUGAUGUCCUGGGAAACCUUCAAUACAAUCUUUUAAAAAACACACUACAAUGUACAGCACAUCUGCCUGAAGUGAAAGAACUGGUAUGGGGGGAAGACCUGGACAAAAACUUUCCGAAGUCAGCUUUUUACUAUGAUUACGUCCUAGCCUCGGAUGUGGUCUACCAUCACUACUUCCUGGACAAGCUGCUCACCACCAUGGUGUACCUUUCCCAGCCAGGGACGGUGCUGCUUUGGGCAAACAAAUUCAGGUUCAGCACCGACUAUGAAUUUUUAGAUAAAUUCAAGCAAGUUUUUGACACAACACUGUUGGCUGAAUAUCCAGAGUCAUCAGUCAAACUUUUUAAGGGGAUACUAAAAUGGGACUAAAUCCAACAAAAUGCCUUUCACAACGUUACUGUGUCUUUUGAGCAACGUGUUAGAAAUUGCUUUGGGAAUAGACUUCUUUCAUAGGAUUGAGAAGGUAGUGCAUAGAAACAACUUGUAUACUUGGAACAAAUGUAACAAUACUGCAGAAACUUUCUAAUUUCUAAGAUAAUUUAAGAUUAUCUGGUUAAUCUAAAUAUCUAAAAAGAACAACGUAAAAACAUGAAAGUAGCUUUGUUGGU